AUGGCAUUUGCAGGCAAAUACGAAUUCGAAGAUGAUGAUGAAUUUGUGAUAAAAAUUGGCCUCCCCAGUGACAAGGUUGAAAUUGGAAGGAAUUGUAAAUUAGUCACUGAGGUGGUGCAGAAAGAAAAUGACUUCACCUGGACGCAGCAUUUCCCAGGAGGCUGCACCACGACCAACACAUUCACAGUUGGCAAGGAAGCAGAAAUUGAGACAAUGAGUGGUAAAAAGUUCAAA